AUGUGCUGUGCAUUAGGUUGCUGCUGUGUGGGCGAUGCAUCAGUAGAGAAUUACGAGAAUCUUCUGCAUAAAGGCCGCCGGUCGUGCACUGACUGCUCAUUUCUCAUAUUAUUUUUGAUCUUCUGUGGAGGUCUGGGAUCUAUUGCCUGGUACGCAUUGGAUAAUGGUGAUCCUUAUCGAAUCAUAUUCGGCUCUGACAGUUUUGGAAACACAUGUGGUCGGAACAAUGGUCCCAUAUAUAUUCGUUCGAACAAAUCUGGUCCAAAAGAACAAUUCGAAUUUUCUGGCCAGAAUAUGACGGAAAGAAGAUUUUUGUUUCCUCUAAACGCGUCAAGGGCGCUAGAUACAACAUGGGCAUGCGUUCGAAGUUGUCCGGAUGACACUGUUACUACCUAUGCAGGAAUUAAAAAAUUAGCAGUUGAACAAAACAACAGCUUAUGUGUUGACUACGACUCAGCAAUUGACGCAGCGAAUCACACACCACCAUUCGGAGUUUGCCCACGUUUGCCGGUUUUAAAAAGUACUGAAGUGAUGAAUCGCUGCAUACCGGAGGAUUUAAUCCUGUUUGGCAAAGAAUUACUGAAAAAAGUGAUUGAAUUAGACUGGGUUCGAGGAUAUUUGCAUGACUUAAUUGAUGCAUCGCCAUAUCUGCUCCAGAUGUGUUUAUUAGCACUAGUUUUUGCGUUGUUCUCUCUAUUUCUACUGCGAUUUUUUGCUGCUGUUAUUGUGUAUUUUGUAUAUUUAAUGGUUGCUUUGUUGGCUAUAGGAUUUUCUGGGAGUGUAUGGUAUGCUUUCUGGAGGACGUACAAGAACUCAAUGGAGUCAAGAAAGGGAAAUACUACUGAUGCAACAAUUGCUACGACGACAGUACCUAUGCGCCCGGGACGACGUCAUUUAACUACGGAUGUUCUGUUUAAGGACAUUAAUUUUAACGAAAUGUUUGAUUUUGAAAAUACCACGACCGUAACAUUGUUGGCGAUGGGCCUUGGAGCUACAAUAAUCUCGAUAUUUGUUGUCGCAGUAGUAUGGUGCGUGUUACCUCGUGGCAAGAAGAUGAUCCGCCUUUUCAAAGGAGCGUCAAGAGCUUUGUCUGCAAUGCCAUCUUUAUUACUGCAACCGCUGAUUAAUGCUGCACUAAUAUUAAUGGUCGCUGUCUAUACGUUGAGUGUGACGUUGGUUCUGUUCACUGCAGGCGAUUUGGUCAGCAGAAAAAUUGAGAAUGGAAAUGCUACAGAAGAAUUCAUCUACGUAAUAGAGACGAAUAUGACGCGAACGACCAGGUUGAUGAUGAUAUACCAGUUUGUCGGGUUUGUUUGGGUAUCUGAGUUUUUGAUGGCUUGCCAACGAUUAUUCAUAGCAGGAGCUGUUAGCAUGUACUAUUUCGACGUGCUUUCUUUGUCACGCCGUUUUGCAUCUCCAACUCCCAGAUCGCCUCUGAGGUGUUCAUUGUGGAAUCUUAUAAGAUAUCACUUGGGAUCAGCUGCAUUGGGAGCGUUCAUCAUCACGUUAGUAAGGAUACCGCGCUAUAUCGUUAUCUGGACAUUGGCCAGAAUGCGCUCGGUGGAGAAUCUAGUGGUCAAGAAAAUUUUAGCCGUCUUUGUGAUUUUACUGGAGUGCAUCGAAAAAUGUUUGCGAUAUAUCAAUUACAACGUGUAUACCGUGAUCUCAUAUUCGGGAUUCAGCUUUUGCCCAGCGGCAAAAAUGGCUAUAAAUCAUCUAUUGGAUAAUGCUGUUGACGUAGCAACCGUAAACACUGUAGGCGACUUAGUGUUGUUUCUUACAAAGUGUUUAGUGGCUGGCACAACAACGAUUUGUGCAUUUUUCCGUUUGGAGGAGCUAUGGCCAACACUGUCACAUCCAUGGUUCCCUUUGGUGAUUAUGUUCAUCUGCUCAUAUCAAAUUGCCAACUGCUUCCUGUCUGUGUACGAAAUGGCCAUUGACACAAUAUUGUUGUGUUGCGCUGAAGAGUUAGUGUUGCUAAGAGAUAAUCCUGAAGCCGUUCAACAGUUCAGGGACUACAUGGAUGGUACAUCGGAGAUGAUGGCUCAGCGGAAUGUACGAUUCCUCGGCGCCACAGCGAUUGAGGAGACGUAUCCGUUGAAUAGCAUGGAUGGGGAGAAGAAUUGA